AUGGGUUCGAUCGGUGCUUCAGACGCGAUCAACGUGAUCAUUGUCGGCGGCGGGAUUGGAGGUGCAUCAUGUGCGAUCGCUUGUGCGAGGCAAGGAAUGAAUGUCACUCUCUUGGAUCAGGCAGUAGAAUUGCUACCAAUCGGAGAUUCGAUUGGCUUUGGCUCCAACUCUUCAAAGUUGUUCAAGCGUUGGGGCCUGUACGAAGACAUGUGGGCGGUCUCGAGUCGCGCGGAUAACACAAUCAUGCGCAAUUGGGAUGGCGAGAUCAUCACUGAAGAUAGACACUUGGCAACAGCUGAGGCCAAGUAUGGUUAUCGUGGCUUGUUAGGCCACCGAGGCAACUACCACAGGAUACUGGUUGACCACGCGGUCAGAAAUGGAGUGCAGUUGCGACUUGGUCAAAAGAUCGAGCGCUACGAUGCAAGCAAGCCAAGCGUAUUCCUUCCUAGUGGAGAAGAACUCGUGGCCGAUGUAGUCAUCGCCGCGGACGGGGUGAAAAGUCCUGGGCGCACGGCAGUGCUGGGAUUUGAGGACGCACCAAUCCACAGUGGCUACGCGGUAUGGCGCGCAUAUGGCACAACAGAUAUAUUCCAAGGGGACCCUUUGGUCCAAGAGUUUCUGGAAAAAGACUGUGUCAACCUUUGGAUCGGUCCAGAUCUUCACGGUUUCGUGACCACUGUUCGGGGAGGAUCUGAGAUAAAUGCAGUCCUUACCCACAAGGACGUAGCAAAUAUCGAUGAGGGUUGGCAGUUUCCUGGAGAUCGACAGGAGAUUCUAGAAACGAUUCGAGACUGGGACCCUGCGUUCGUCCGGGUAUGGGAGAAGAUUCAAAACAUUGUUGAUUGGAAGCUCGUCUACCGUCCAUGCUUAGACAGAUGGGUUUCUGAUUCCGGUCUCGUUGCGGUUCUCGGCGAUGCUGCGCAUCCUUUCUUACCUACGUCUACGCAAGGGGCGAGUCAAGCUGUGGAGGACGCUGCAACCAUCGCGCUAUGUUUAGCAAAGGCAGGGAAACAUCAGGUUCCACUCGCCCUACAGGCUUACUUUGAAUUUCGAUACAACCAUGUUAAGGCCGCUCAGCAGAUUGGUAUCACCCAACGAGAUAAAUGGCACAACUUACACGAUAAGACGAGCAAGAAGAUGGUGAAGGAUUUGGAUACCUCCAAGGGUGUACUAGACAGCUAUACAUUAUGGGGUCAUGAUGCUGAGAAAGUGGUCGUUGAUGGUUGGGAUACUGUUUCGGAACAACUUAGAGUGGAACUUGCGGCAAGGUGA